UGUAAAGAUUCUUUUUUGAGGGAAUUCAUGAGUGUCCUUUGUUUGAUUCAUCAUCACCGUCAUCAUCAUCUUCCUGGCAGUAAAAGCAGCGGCCUUGAUAUUGGUGGCUUUGAAUGCAAUUCACGGUCCCGUCUAGAUCCUACGAUUUUACUACUACCAACAUCCCAUACCCUUCUCUUUUAUGUUUCUCUUUCUUCCAAAAUGGCUUCAAUGAAUCAUAACAAAACCCAUUUCCCAUAUAACACCAGCCCCUCAACUACCACGGCCCCAAGCCCUUCAAAAAAGAAAAACAUUGCUGAUGAAGUGAGUGGAGAAAAGGGACAGAAGCUUGAAUUUGAAAAAAUGGUUGGCAGUGCAAGUAAUGGUAGGCUUCGGCUAGCUUUUUCACUUGUAAAUGGCUCCCAAGAUCUAAGCCUCACGCCGGCGAGUACUGCCGGUUCCGAAUGCGGUGCGGUUGAGUUCACUAGAGAAGAUGUGGAGGCAUUAGUGAGUGAGAGAAUGAAAUCCAAGAACAAAUUUAACUAUAAGGAGAGAUGUGAAAACAUGAUGGAUUAUAUAAAGAGGCUUAGGCUUUGCAUUAGAUGGUUCCACGAACUUGAAGGAGAGUUUGCAUUUGAACAAGAGAAAUUAAGGUGUGCUUUGGAAUUGACUGAAAGGAGAUGCCAUGAAAUGGAGGUGGCUCUUAAAAACAAGGAUGAAGAACUGAAUUUGGUAAUUUUGGAGCUUAGAAAAAGCUUAGGUUCCUUACAAGAGAGCCUCGUGAAAGAAGAAUCCGAGAAGAAGGCUGCAACGAAUUCUCUUUUGAAAGAAAAAGAAGCUUUUAUUAGUAUUGAAAGAUCAAAGGCUUCUCUCUCAGAAGAGCUUGAUAAAGCUCAAGCUGAGCUCGAUGGUGCCAAUCAAAGGAUAGCAUCAAUAAAUGAUAUGUACAAGCUACUACAAGAAUACAACUCGAGUUUACAGUUAUAUAACAGCAAACUCCAGACGGAUCUCGGUGAAGCUCAUGAAACCAUUAAGCGCGGGGAGAAAGAGAGAUUGAACAUUGUGGAAAAUCUUCAUACCUUAAGGGGUCAACAUAAAUCAUUGCAAGAUCAACUCACUUCAUCUAUGGCUUCCCAAGAAGGGGCUAUGAAGCAAAAAGAUGCUUUGCUAAAUGAAGUCACGUGUCUUAGAAUGGAGCUACUCAAGAUUAAAGAUGACCGGGACCAAUAUCAACGAGAAGCACAAAAUCUAGCCAUUGAAGUAUCAAAAUACAAAGAGUUGGCAACCAACUCAAGUGAAUUAGAGGUGAAAUGCUUGUCUCAAGGUAAUCAAAUACAAAUUCUGCAUGAUCAAUUAGCGGUUGCAGAGAGGAAAUUACAGAUGUCUGAUAUGUCUGCACUCGAGACAAAAAUUGAGUUUGAAGGGCAAAAGAAACUCAUAAACGAGUUACAUAAAUGCUUAGAAGAUGCAGAAUUUAAGCUUGUAGAAGGGGAGAAACUGCGGAAGAAGUUGCAUAAUACUAUAUUGGAAUUGAAGGGGAAUAUCCGUGUAUUUUGUAGAGUGCGGCCUCAUUUAUCUGAUGAUAGUUCGAGUAACCAUGGGAAGGUUUUCUCUUAUCCAACACUAACGGAAUGCCUUGGACGCAACAUUGACAUGACACAAAAUGGGCAGAAGCAUUCUUUCAUUUUUGAUAAAGUAUUUAUGCCCAAUGCAUCACAAGAGGAAGUUUUUAUCGAAAUCUCACAACUUGUCCAAAGUGCUCUUGAUGGUUAUAAGGUUUGCAUUUUUGCUUAUGGGCAAACUGGCUCAGGUAAAACCUACACUAUGAUGGGCAAACCCGGACAGCCGGAUGAAAAAGGAUUAAUACCCCGGUCGUUGGAACAAAUAUUUCAAACUACGCAAGCUCUUCGACGUCAAGGCUGGAGAUACGAAAUGCAGGUCUCAAUGUUAGAAAUAUACAAGGAAACAAUCCGUGAUUUGCUAUCAAUAAACCGGGAUUCCUCUCGAACCGAAAACGGUGUUGUUGGAAAGCAAUAUAUGAUUAAACAUGACACAAACGGAAACACACAAGUCUCGGAUCUUACUAUUGUGGAUGUUCGAAGUAGUAGGGAGGUCUCGUUUCUUUUAGAACAAGCUUCUCAUAGCAGAUCAGUGGGGAAAACUCAAAUGAAUGAACAAUCAUCGAGAAGUCAUUUUGUUUUCACGAUGCGAAUAACCGGUGUUAACGAGAGCACUGAACAACAAGUACAAGGUGUCUUGAAUCUAAUUGAUCUCGCUGGAAGCGAGCGUCUUUCGAAAAGUGGUUCAACCGGAGACCGGUUAAAAGAGACUCAAGCCAUUAAUAAAAGUCUAUCGUCUUUAGCCGAUGUUAUAUUCGCAUUGGCAAAGAAGGAAGAUCAUGUACCAUUUAGGAACUCAAAGCUCACUUAUCUUCUUCAGCCCUGUCUAGGUGGGGAUUCGAAGACUCUGAUGUUUGUAAAUCUCUCCCCCGAAUCCUCUUCAGCCGGUGAAUCCCUGUGCUCUCUGCGUUUUGCAGCGAGGGUCAAUGCUUGUGAGAUAGGGACUCCCCGACGUCAACUCAACAUCCGGACUUCGGAUUCUCGAUUGAGCUAUGGUUGAUCUCGUGUACGGGUUUCACCUUUGUUUAGCCAUCUGUAUCGAUAUUGUAUUAGUAGAUUGAGAAAUGAGAGUGAUUGUUAACACGUAAUCAUCUGUAUAGUAGCCAUUGCUGCUGUAUUUUUAGCAUGCAGUCCCUUCACUUACUACA